AUGUACGAGUGUCUGUUCGGCAAGGCGCCCUACUCCUCCGCUACGCUCAAGGAGCUCGUAGACAAGAUACAGAAGCAAGUUCCUAUUGAGAUCCCUCCCCGGGCGAGCAUCUCCCCCGGCUGCCGAGAGCUGCUCGGGCGCCUGCUGCAGCACAACCCGGACAGGAGGAUCUCGUACGAGGAGUUCUUCAGCCACGAGUACCUCGACCUGGAGCACAUGCCGUCCAAGGAGAACUAUAAUAAGGCCGUGAGCCUGAUGAAGCAGGCGGUGUCGCUGGAGGCGGCGCGCGCCCUGCGGCCGGCGCUGGCGGCGUACGGCGCGGCGCUGCGCUACCUGCUGCCCGCCGCCGCCGCGCAGCGCGACCCGCUGCGCCGCGCCGCGCUCGAGGACAAGCUGCGCAGAUAUAUGGAAAGAGCUGAAGAAAUCAAGCGCAUAUUGAAGGAAGAAAAGGAUCCGCCAUCGAACAGCUCGCAGCCUUCCGAUAACUAUAAUUUCCAUACAAAUGAAGCGCAAGCGGUCAUCGAGGAAAAUACCAAAGUAGAUCCGCCACAAAAUGACGUAGACGUUCCCGUAGAGGAAAGUGAGGAAAGCAAGAGCAGGGGUAAAGAGAGACGCGGCGCGCUGUCGCGGCUGCUGCGGCGGCCGGCGCCGGGCGCGGACACUACAGACGACGAGGGCGCACAGAAAUGCGAUGCAAACGACACCAACUGCAAGAUCUCU